CAGGCACCACCUCCGUGGAAUGUUCCACCUUGUUUCACACCUUGCCACCGACUUGGUCGUCUCACAUUUGUGAUCUCCAACAGAUGUGGCUUUUACAGUGCGCAACGUGAAAUGUCAGAAAUAGGAUUGUGCACUAAAAUUGCUGACGCGCCAAAAUGCUUGCAGAGGCUGCUAAUUGCGCCUGAUAAUGACAACUGUCAACUUCCAGAAUAAGCCUCAGCUUGGUGGCCCAAAAUGGCGCCCCGACUAUCUGAUGCUGGCCAUGAGAUGAUGAAGGCCAUGAUCCACAGUGGUGCAACAACUAAACAAAUAGCCCAGGCCAUUCCCUGCGACCCUCGAACCGUCCGUAAAACUAAAGCCAGGUACCGACUGUUGCGCAGCUCCAGCUUCCACUCGAUUGAGUAAUGGAUGCAUGUAGGAGAUUCGUCAUAUGCGCCGUCAGGAUCCCAGUCGUCUAACUGAAGCAGCGGUAAUCUGGACCCCUGUCGCGGCUGUUGAUGCCUGACAGCUGAGGCAUCCAAAAGCCAAGGUCAUUGCAGUCCCACUGCGUCAGGUCAAGGUUGAAUCUCCGUUUGUUGCUGUGGAUAUAGGCAUGCGAAAGCUUUGCAGGACUCGCUACUCCCCAUCUUUAACCGCGUUGAGGCAGUUGAGAAGGGAUACAAGAAGCUAGACAGCAACGAAAAGGUGCUGCAGAUACCGGUAUAUAUGGAGGACUUAACUAGCAUUCACCAGACCACAGCU